AUGGAGAAGAUCAAGUCUCUGUCUAUCAACUUUGGCAUCAGUGAUGAUCCCUCUGCAGUAAGGAUCCAUUGGAACAUAGUGAUCAAAUGGAUGACCUCUGAAGCCUUCAAACUGAAAUGCCUCUCUGAAAAAGUCUACAAUUACUUCAUCAGAGAUACUGGUAUAAGGCUUCAAGCUCGCUUGGCCAGAGAGGUUGAGGAAAAGGCCAGGAACGAAGCAGAAGAGAAAGACCGCCUAGAAGAAGAGCAGAGGAUCAGAGAAGCUGAAGAAAAGGUUGCUGCUGAAGUUGAUGUUGCUGCGGCUGCUGCUGAGGCUGGGGCAAAAGGAAAAGCUGACGCUGAAGAAGCAGCACGCAUUGCUACAGAGGAAGCUGCCAAGGCCAGGGCUGAUGCUUUGACUCACUUUGGUUUUGCCCCUCUGGUCUUGAAGACUCUGGAGGAAUUGCAAAAGGAACAACAAGUGGUACGAGCUAGGUUGGAUCACCAGGAUUCCGUCAACACCAACAUUCAGAACCUACUGACUCAGCUGCUCCAAAGGAUGCCUCCGCCCCCAAACCCUUAG